AUGCUGUCUAUAACACUAUUCCUGAAACCGUUUCUUUUGCUGGGACUUGUGUUUGGCUACAGUGCGGGUGGUACUGGAGGUGCCGGAGGUAAAGGAGGCGCUAACGGUGGAGGAAAAGAUGGAGGUACAGGAAAGUCUGGUAUGGGAGGCGAAGCAGGAGGAGCCAUGAUGAUGCCAUCUGGUGGUAUGGGAGGUAUGAUGGGCGGUAUGCCUGGCAUGGGAGGUAUGAUGGGCGGUAUGCCUAGCAUGGGAGGUAUGAUGGGCGGUAUGCCUAGCAUGGGAGGUAUGAUGGGCGGUAUGGGAGGUAUGAUGGGCGGAGGAAAAGGCGGAAUGGGCGAAGGAAUGGGCAGUAUGGGAGGUAUGAUGGGCGGUAUGCCUGGCAUGGGAAGUAUGAUGGGCGGUAUGCCUAGCAUGGGAGGUAUGAUGGGCGGCAAAGGAGGAAUGGGCGGAGGAAAAGGUGGAAUGGGCGAAGGAAUGGGCGGUAUGGGAGGUAUGAUGGGCGGUAUGCCUGGCAUGGGAGGUAUGAUGGGCGGCAAAGGAGGAAUGGGCGGAGGAAAAGGUGGAAUGGGCGAAGGAAUGGGCGGUAUGGGAGGUAUGAUGGGCGGUAUGCCUGGCAUGGGAGGUAUGAUGGGCGGCAAAGGAGGAAUGGGCGGAGGAAAAGGUGGAAUGGGCGAAGGAAUGGGAGGUAUGAUGGGCGGUAUGCCUGGCAUGGGAGGUAUGAUGGGCGGCAAAGGAGGAAUGGGCGGCAAAGGAGGAAUGGGCGGAGGAAAAGGUGGAAUGGGCGAAGGAAUGGGAGGUAUGAUGGGCGGUAAAGGAGGAAUGGGCGGAGGAAAAGGUGGAAUGGGCGAAGGAAUGGGAGGUAUGAUGGGCGGUAUGCCUGGCAUGGGAGGUAUGAUGGGCGGCAAAGGAGGAAUGGGCGGAGGAAAAGGUGGAAUGGGCGAAGGAAUGGGAGGUAUGAUGGGCGGUAUGCCUGGCAUGGGAAGUAUGAUGGGCGGUAAAGGAGGAAUGGGCGGGGGAAAAGGUGGAAUGGGCGAAGGAAUGGGAGGUAUGAUGGGCGGUAUGCCUAGUAUGGGAGGUAUGAUGGGCGGUAUGCCUGGCAUGGGAGGUAUGAUGGGCGGUAUGCCUAGCAUGGGAGGUAUGAUGGGCGGCAAAGGAGGAAUGGGCGGAGGAAAAGGUGGAAUGGGCGAAGGAAUGGGAGGUAUGAUGGGCGGUAUGCCUGGCAUGGGAGGUAUGAUGGGCGGUAUGCCUAGCAUGGGAGGUAUGAUGGGCGGCAAAGGAGGAAUGGGCGGAGGAAAAGGUGGAAUGGGCGAAGGAAUGGGAGGUAUGAUGGGCGGUAUGCCUGGCAUGGGAAGUAUGAUGGGCGGUAAAGGUGGAAUGGCCGAAGGAAUGGGCGUUAUGGGAGGUAUGAUGGGCGGUAUGCCUGGCAUGGGAGGUAUGAUGGGCGGUAUGCCUGGCAUGGGAGGUAUGAUGGGCGGUAUGCCUAGCAUGGGAGGUAUGAUGGGCGGUAUGCCUAGCAUGGGAGGUAUGAUGGGCGGUAAAGGAGGAAUGGGCGGAGGAAAAGGUGGAAUGGGCGAAGGAAUGGGCGGUAUGGGAGGUAUGAUGGGCGGAAAAGGAGGAAUGGGUGGAGGAAUGGGCGGUAUGCCAGGUAUGGGAAUGGGAGGUAUGGGCGGAGGAAUGGACGGCAUGGGCGGUAUGAUGGGCGGUAAAGGAGGAAUGGGUGGAGGUAUGGGCGGUAUGCCUGGUAUGGGAGGUAUGGGCGGUAUGCCUGGUAUGGGAGGUAUGGGCAGUAUGAUGGGCGGAAAAGGAGCCAUGGGCGGAGGUAUGGGCGGUAUGCCAGGUAUGAUGAAUGGAGGCGGAUCUGGAAGCGGCGGGAACGCUAUGGGUGGUGGAAAGAGCUACUAA